AGAAAUAAGGGGACCCAGGGAACCAGCGUUCAGCAUAUGGACGAUCCCGCCAGCCUCUGAGUUCCCUUAGUAUUUAUUGAUCAUUCGUGGGUGUUUCUCCGAGAGGGGGAUGUGUCAGGGUCACAAGACAAUAGUGGGGAGAGGGUCAGCAGACAAACACAUGAACAAAGGUCUUUGCAUCAUAGACAAGGUAAAGAAUCAAGUGCUGUGCUUUUAGAUAUGCAUACACAUAAACAUCUCAAUGCUUUACAAAGCAGUAUUGCUGCCCGCAUGUCCCACCUCCAGCCCUAAGGCGGUUUUUCCCUAUCUCAGUAGAUGGAACAUACAAUCCGGUUUUAUACCGAGACAUUCCAUUGCCCAGUGACGGGCAGGAGACAGAUGCCUUCCUCUUGUCUCAACUGCAAGAGGCAUGCCUUCCUCUUAUACUAAUCCUCCUCAGCACAGACCCUUUACAGGUGUGGGGCUGGGGGACGGUCAGGUCUUUCCCUUCCCACGAGGCCAUAUUUCAGACUAUCACAUGGGGAGAAACCUUGGACAAUACCUGGUUUUCCUAGGCAGAGGUCCCUGCGGCCUUCCACAGUGUUUGUGUCCCUGGGUACUUGAGAUUAGGGAGUGGUGAUGACUCUUGAGGAGCAUGCUGCCUUCAAGCAUCUGUUUAACAAAGCACAUCUUGCACCGCCCUUAAUCCAUUUAACCCUGAGUUUGACACAGCACAUGUUUCAGAGAGCACGGGGUUGGGGGUAAGGUCAUAGAUUAACGGAAUCUCAAGGCAGAAGAAUUUUUCUUAGUACAGAACAAAAUGGAGUCUCCUAUGUCUACUUCUUUCUACACAGACACAGUAACAAUCUGAUCUCUCUUGCUUUUCCCCACAUCUUAGAUCCACAAGCAGCUCAUCCCUAACAGACAAAGUGUUUUUUGGGAAAACAGAAAUAUCUCUGGUCUUCAUUUUCCUAAUUAAUAAAAUGAAAGUGUUAGACUAGAUAACUGCUAAGAUUUCCUAUAACAUUAAUACUCUGUGAUUCUUUGACUUUCAACACUAUUAAUCUUUAGGAGAAAAAAACCAUGUAUGUCUCCAGCAGUUCUAUUAACAUAAGGCAGUUUUAAUGAAACCUGAAAACAGUUAACUCAUGUAAGCUAGAAAAAAUUCCUGUCAACAAGGCACAGCAGAGACUGCAUGUAGUUUACUAAGGAAUAAAGAAGACCAUAAUGAAUGCAUGAAUAUACAAAUAAUUAACUCUUUUAAGAAGCAUCAUUUGAGUUGGCAUAACUUCAGCUAAAAAGUGCUGUGUAUCAAGUGCUUUCACAGUUCUCCAAAGGAAGAAUCUUCUGUAUAAGUAAAUUAACAUUACAAUAGACCAUUGAAUAAUCAGCAUCUAUUCUUUGGCAUGCAUAUCCCAUGGCUAAGGCUAGUAAUACUAUUAUUAAAACCACUCACUCAACACAAAUUUCUUUCAAGAGGGCGGCAUUCAAAUCGAGUUUAUUCUAACCGAUGUUUAUUCCAAGCAGUGAUUCCUAGCCUAAAUUAUAGAAAGGUGGGCAAAUGAUUGAAGUAAAUUUUCUGUAGAAGAAACUGUUAUAAAAACUGGUUUUACAGAGAAUAACGCAUAUUCCAAAUAUACUUAAUUAGGGUGUGAGUUUAUUGUUACUGGACUAUAAAGUUAGAUUAUAAGCAAGGGUUAAAUUGUAUUGAGCCUGUUAUCUAUCACCCACAAUGGUGUGGGCAAUGCCAGGCACAUAAAGAGAAUAGCUUUGAAAUGACUGACUACUGGGUCUAGGCUGAAUGGCCAAGAGUUGGCUGGAAGAACAAGGGCCAAAGAGCACAGAUUUAUGAAGAAAUACAAGAGAAUGAGAAGGCACACAUCUAGUCCGAACCAAGGUGGGGACCCCAGAGUUCUAAAUACCAGAAAGGUCCAACAGACCCUGGAACUGCAGUCUAAGGUGAUGAAUGGGUUUGUGGGGGGAAGAUGAUAGUCACAAGGAGCUAUGAAGGAGUCUCACGUGAGCCAACAGUAUAGAUUCUGAAGGCGUUUAUGGCAGGAGAAACAAAAUACACAGGGAAAGAUAAUCUCAGUGUUAAAGACAGAUGUAUGCCUGGAGGCCAAGGGAGAAAAUGAGCUGCAGAGAGAAUGCAGUAGCCUGCUAGCCAGCCAGUAAAGAAGUGAGGCUGGUUCAGCGGACUCGCGCGGCCUCGCUCUUUGGACUCGUCACCCGCCCCUCCCCCUCCCGCCGCCGUCACCCAGGAAACCGGCCGCAAACGCGGGCGGACCUGAAGCUGGUUUCAUGGCAGCCUCAAAAAAGGCAGUUUUGGGGCCAUUGGUGGGGGCAGUGGACCAGGGCACCAGUUCCACGCGCUUUUUGGUUUUCAAUUCAAGAACAGCUGAACUACUUAGUCAUCAUCAAGUGGAAAUAAAACAAGAGUUCCCAAGAGAAGGAUGGGUGGAACAGGACCCUAAGGAAAUUCUACAUUGUGUGUAUGAGUGUAUAGCGAAAACAUGUGAGAAACUUGGACAGCUCAAUAUUGGUAUUUCCAACAUAAAAGCUAUUGGUGUCAGCAACCAGAGGGAAACCACUGUAGUCUGGGACAAGAUAACUGGAGAGCCUCUCUACAAUGCUGUGGUGUGGCUUGAACUAAAAACACAGUCUACCGUUGAGAGUCUUAGUAAAAGAAUUCCAGGAAAUAAUAACUUUGUCAAGUCCAAGACAGGCCUUCCACUUAGCACUUACUUCAGUGCAGUGAAACUUCACUGGCUCCUUGACAAUGUGAGAAAAGUUCAAAAGGCCGUUGAAGAAAAACGAGCUCUUUUUGGGACUAUUGAUUCAUGGCUUAUUUGGAGUUUGACAGGAGGCGUCAAUGGAGGUGUCCACUGUACAGAUGUAACAAAUGCAAGUAGGACUAUGCUUUUCAACAUUCAUUCUUUGGAAUGGGAUAAACAACUCUGUGAAUUUUUUGGAAUUCCAAUGGAAAUUCUUCCACAUGUUCGGAGUUCUUCUGAGAUCUAUGGCCUAAUGGAAGCUGGGGCCUUGGAAGGUGUGCCAAUAUCUGGGUGUUCAGGAGACCAGUCUGCUGCACUGGUGGGACAAAUGUGUUUCCAGAUUGGACAAGCCAAAAAUACAUAUGGAACAGGAUGUUUCUUACUAUGUAAUACAUGCCAUAAGUGUGUAUUUUCUGAUCAUGGCCUUCUCACCACAGUGGCUUACAAACUUGGCAGAGACAAACCGGUAUAUUAUGCUUUGGAAGGUUCUGUAGCUAUAGCUGGUGCUGUUAUUCGCUGGCUAAGAGACAAUCUUGGAAUUAUAAAGACCUCAGAAGAAAUGGAGAAACUUGCUAAAGAAGUAGGUACUUCUUAUGGCAGCUACUUCGUCCCAGCAUUUUUGGGGUUAUAUGCACCUUAUUGGGAGCCCAGCGCAAGAGGGAUAAUCUGUGGACUCACUCAGUUCACCAAUAAAUGCCAUAUUGCUUUUGCUGCAUUAGAAGCUGUUUGUUUCCAUAUUCGAGAGAUUUUGGAUGCCAUGAAUCGAGACUGUGGAAUUCCACUCAGUCAUUUGCAGGUUGAUGGAGGAAUGACCAGCAACAAAAUUCUUAUGCAGCUACAAGCAGACAUUCUGUAUAUUCCAGUAGUGAAGCCCUUGAUGCCCGAAACCACUGCAUUGGGUGGUUUCUUUCCCGAAACCACUGCCAUGGUGGCAGGGGCUGCAGAAGGAGUCGAUGUAUGGAGUCUUGAACCUGAGGAUUUGUCCGCCGUCACGAUGGAGCGGUUUGAACCUCAGAUUAAUGCUGAGGAAAGUGAAAUUUGUUAUUCUACAUGGAAGAAAGCUGUGAUGAAGUCAAUGGGUUGGGUUACAACUCAAUCUCCAGAAAGUGGUGACCCUAGUGUCUUCUGUAGUCUGCCCUUGGGCUUUUUUAUAGUGAGUAGCAUGGCAAUGUUAAUCAGAGCAAGGUACAUCUCAGGUAUUCCAUAAAACCUACCAACUCAUGGAUUCCCAAGAUGCGAACUUUUUACAUAAUGAAAGAACAACCCAGCAAUUGUCUCUUAAUGCGAUGACACUAUUCAUAGACUUUGAUUUUAUUUAUAAGCCACUUGCUGCGUGACCCUCCAAGUAGACCUGUGGCUUAAAAUAAAGAAAAUGCAGCAAAAAGAAUGCUAUAGAAAUAUUUGGGGUGUGUGUGUGUGUGUGUGUGUGUGUGUGUGUGUGUGUGUGUUUAACAUCCACAGUUAAGGUUGGGCCAGCUACCUUUGGGGCUGACCCCCUCCUUUGCCGUAACAUCCUGCUCCAUUCCCUCUAAGAUGUACGAAGAAUUCAGAUCCUCACCAUUGGAAUCUUCCAUCAAACAAACUCAAACACUACUGGAAUAGGACUUGAGUCUCUGCAUGACAUAUACUUGAUUAAAAGGUUAUUACUAAACUGUUAAAAAUGAGCAGCUCUUCGCUUUUAACAGACACCCCAAAAGUCUUCUUUUCUACAUAGUAGAAGAUGGAAACACCUUCACUGAAUGUUUGAAUAGAAACAUCUACUAAAUUAUUAAAAUAGACAUUUAAUGUUCUCAUAGCUUAGAUAUUUUUCUGAAAAGUAUUUGCCAAAACUGAAAUCCUUCCAAUAUUUUCCAGGGUCCCACUAAUUAUAAUGACUUUCUGUCUGGAUCUUAUAGGAAAGGAUACUUUCUUUUUUCUUCCAUCUUUCCUUUUUAUAUUUUUUACUUUGUAUGUAUAACAUAUAUGCCUAUAUAUUUUAUACACUGAGGGUAGCCCAUUUAUAAAUUAAGAGCACAUUAUAUUCAGAAGGUUCUAACAGGGCUGGUCUUAAGUGAACCACUAUGUAUAUAAAUAUGUUGGAAAACAGCUGUAUACAUUUUUGGGCAAUGGUUAUGCAUAAUAUUUACCAGGAGAAUUUUUUUCUUAAAUAGCCAACAUUUAAAAUUUAUGUUUUAUGUCCAUAAAAGAAAAUAUACUUUAUUGUGACUUCAACUAUAUUUCUUAUCCCUUACAUUUUUAUUUAAUUGUCUUAGCCUAAAAAAAAGAAGAAACUGUGGAAUACUACAGUAAAUACUGUUUUCAAACACAAGCAAUAAUUCAAAUAGUUUUCUUUUGAAUUAAUUUUAGACAUAUUUUGGAUCCUAUUGAGGGGAUAAGAGGAUGUCAAAAAAGUUAAAUACCUAAGUAGAAAAAAAUAUAGAAAUAAAGCCAAGAAUCUCUUUCAGUUCAAAUAUUAUCAAUUGUUAAUAAGAAAUUGCUAUCUGGGAUGACAAAAUUAUCUCUGCUUAGUAUCUUAUUAUAACUGAAAAAAGGUUUAUCAUUACAAAUGCCUUCCAGCGAAACCAAGAAUUUCUCAAAAUAUUUAAUGUCACAUAUUAUAAGAAGUUACCUAAUCUAGCUUCUUAACGUCAAUUUUAAAAAAUAUCUUAAAAUUACUUUGUUUUGUAGUAAACAGUGAAAAAAAAAAGUGAGGCUGAUGGCAGUGAGAGCAAUGGUCUGGAAGCGGUACCCUUCUACCUAGGUUCCCAGUGAGCUGUGGCGAGUGAUCCCUUCGAGAAGUCUGCUCACGACAUACAGGUUUGGGGGAAACACAAAGUUUCGUUUACGACAAAGACAGAGGAGACACACAUGAAAAUACUUGCGCAUAUAAAAAAGUUUGAUCAUUUUAUAGGCCUAGUGGAAAGGACAGAAGCUGGACAGUGAGGGUGCCUGAACAGGCCUGGGCAAAGUAGUUACUACCACCAGGGCCUGGGAUAUAUAAACUAAUAACAGAGUUAAGAGCCAAAGAAUGGAAAAUAAAAUGAAAGCACAUCGGUAACUGGAGGACUUCUUUUUUGUUGUUGUUGUUGUUGAGAUGGAGUCUCUCUGUCGCCCAGGCUAGAGUGCAGUGGUGCGAUCUCAGCUCAUUGCAACCUCCACCUCCUGAGUUAAAGUUAUUUUCCUGCCUCAGCCUCCCAAAUAGCUGGGACUACAGGCACAUGCCACCAUGCCUGGCUCUUUUUUUUUUUGUAUUUUUAGUAGAGACCAGGUUUCACCAUGUUGGCCAGGCUGGUCUCGAACUCUGGGCCUCAAGCAAUCUGCCCAUCUCAGCCUCCCAAAGUGCUGGGAUUGCAGGUGUGGGCCACCAUGCCCAGCUCUGAAGGAAUUCUCCACAGGUAGUCCUGUUACUGAGGAAUGCUGAGUGCUUACCAAGCCCAGAAUUUCAGCUACAGCUCUAGCUUGAAAAUGAUAGUCAGGCUGGGUGUGGUAGCUCAUGCCUGUAAUCCCGACUCUGGGAAGCCAAGGCAGGAGGACUGCUUAAGGCCAGGAGUUCGAGCACAGCCUGGGCAACACAGCAAGAGCCCGUCUC